CGUCAGUAGCGGUGACAGGAGAAACACGGUGCCGGCGCUGUCGAUACAUUGAAGGGACAUGCAAAAGGCCAACGCAAAGACGAAGAGGUCCGAGCGCCUGAAGAAGGCCAAGGAGCAGAAGGAGUCGACCGCCGAUGCGUCGUGGCAGAUUGACGACCUCUUGACCAUGUCGGACCUGUCGGAAGAGAACCUCCUGCGCAGUCUCCAUGGUCGCUACGACCACGACAUUAUCUAUACCUUCGUCGGCCCGAUCUUGAUCAGUAUCAACCCGUACCGCACCAUCGAAGGGCUGUACUCGGACAGCACCAUGGAUCGAUACCACUCGAGCAACACUGGGAACAAGCCACACGUGUUUGAAACGAUGAAGUCUGCGUACGAAGAGUUGAUCUUGUCGAGUGCCACGAGUCCGAGUGAUCAAAGCAUCAUCAUCAGCGGCGAAAGCGGCGCGGGCAAGACCGAAACCACCAAAGUGAUCAUGCAGUACCUGGCGCGCGUCACGACCAGUGGACACACAAACAACGGCGUCGUGUCGCUCGAGCAAAAGGUGCUCGACUCAAACCCGUUGCUCGAGUCGUUUGGGAACGCCAAGACGCUCCGCAACGACAACUCGAGUCGGUUUGGCAAGUUCAUUGAGAUCCAAUUCGACAAGCACGGCAAGAUCGCCGGCGCCGAGAUCAUGAACUUUCUGCUCGAGAAGACGCGCAUUGUCACACAAAGCCUCGACGAGCGCAACUACCACAUCUUUUACCAACUGCUGGCCGGCGCCGACGACGCGCUCAAGCAUCGCCUCCAUCUCACCACGCCCCAAGACUACGAAUACCUCAAGCACAGCGGAUGCUUCUCGCUGCCUGCCAAGGACGACAAGGACGAGUUCAACAUCACGACGCACUGCAUGAGCACGAUUGGAAUCUCCCACGACAUGCAAAUGCACGUGUUUGAGAUGCUGGUACAGUUAGUAGCUACUAGUAGAUCAUCCUACUAUGACGACAACAACAGCACCAGUAUGGUCAUGCUAUGAAUUCGUAUGUAUAUGUAGGCGGCAAUUUUACAUUUGGGAAAUGCCGACUUUGACGUGGUCGCCGAGCACUGCGUCCCCAGCAGCGCCGCGUCCACGGCGUGCCUCGAGCUGGUGGCGUCGCUGCUGCAGGUCCCCAACGACGCGCUGCAGUCGGCUCUGUGCACGCGCCAGUUGUUUGUGGGCGGCAAGGUGAUCGUGCAGGCCCAGAACGCCGCCCAGGCGCGGGACAAGCGGGACGCGCUGGCCAAGACGAUCUACUCGUCGCUGUUCAUGUGGCUCGUGACCGAGCUCAACCGAACGAUCUCGCAGCCGGCGCAAAAGUGGGGGUUCAUCGGCGUGCUCGACAUUUACGGGUUUGAAAAGUUCGACUGGAACACGUUCGAGCAGCUUUGCAUCAACUUUGCCAACGAAAAGCUCCAGCGACACUUUAACCAGCACAUGCUCGAAGUAGAGCAGGACGAGUACACGCGGGAAGGCAUCGACUGGGCGCAUAUUCGGUUCCAGGACAACCAAAGCACGCUGGAGCUUCUCGAGGGAAAGCCCGGCGGCAAGCCCGGCGUGUUCAUCGCGCUCGAUGACGUGUGGCGCAUCAAAGGCGACGAGGCCAACCGCAAGUUUGUCAGCUACCUGCACUCGACGUUUGGCGUGACCCACCACGACUCGUACAUCCAGCCCAAAGUCGACGCUGCGUUUGCAUUUGGCAUUCGCCACUAUGCGGGCGACGUCAUCUAUGACGCUAGCGGGUUCAACGACAAGAACAACGAAGACCUGAACGAUGACAUGAAGGACCUGAUCAAACUCUCGACCAACUCGUGGCUGCCGUCGAUGGUCGACUCGAAUCUGCAGGCAGUCGAGUCCAUCUCGCGCCGUGCGUCCAACAAACCUGCCGCGCCAAACGCCGUCUCCCGCCGCCCCUCGGAGAACGUUGCCGCUGCCGGCGGCGGCGACAAGAAGACCCGCACUUUGCGGGAGAUCUCGGUGGGCGCACAGUUCCGCUACCAACUUCAGGAGCUCAUGUCCAAGAUCUCGCGCGCGACGCCUCGAUACAUUCGAUGCCUCAAACCCAACGAAGACAAGCGGCCGCGAACGCUGGACGGUGCGCAGUGCGUGCGGCAGCUCAAGUACUCUGGCAUGAUGGAGGCCAUCCAGAUCCGGCAAAAGGGGUUUGGUCUCCGCGAAGACCACGACGUGUUCUUUUACGACUACCUGGCGCUCGCGCCAGCCUCCGAGGACAUUCGGGAGCUGGUGUCGUCCAUUUCGGAGAUGCUCAACGAAGGCAAGGACCAGUGGCAAAUGGGGUCGACCAAGGUGUUUCUGAAGCGAUCGGUGGCGGAAAAGCUCAAGCGGCUCAAGGUCCUGCGCGAGCUCUCGGCGGUGCGGACGCUCCAACGGUGGCACAAGGUGCUGCAGCGCAAGUCGGCUGCGAUUGUCAUUCAAAGCGCCGUGAGGGGGUGGCGCGCCAAGAAGGAGCUGGGCAUGCUUCGGUCGGCGGCGUACACGGUCAUGAAGAUGGCGAGGGGGUACGCCGCCCGGUCCAAGUACAAGAAGCUCGUGGCGCGGCACCGCCUCGAAGUCCACCACGCGAUUAAACUCCAAGCGGUGGCGCGGGGGUACCUCGUCCGGCGGCAGGACUUGCUGCAUCCGUUCGCGGGUUUGGGGCCAAAGGAGCUGGACGCCCGGAUUCACGAGAUCGAACAGGCCAUCGAAGUCGCCGCGUCGAAAAAGCAGUUUGAAGUGUGCUCGUCCCUCCAGAAGGACUUAGACGCGACGCUGGACGCGCGGCGGUUGGUGCGGACGCCCAAGGAAGUCGACGCCGAGAUCGACCAGCUGGUCGCCGACAUGGAGCGCCUCGCCGCCCAGAAAAAGUUUGCCGAGUGUUCUGUGGUUCAAUCCAAGCUCGCGGCGUUGCAAGAGUUCCGACUCAACAUGCCGGAAGACCUGAACGAGCUCGAGUCUCACGAACUGGACGCGCGCAUUCGGAGUAUGAACGAAGAGAUCGUCAAGGCCAUGGCCGACCGCAAGUUUGAACUGUGCGGCCAACUCCAGGACAAGCUCGACACGCUGCAGCAAGUCCGCAAAACCAAACAGACGCCCGAGGAACUGCAGGCAGAAGUGUACACGCUGAACACGGCGCUAAGUCAGGCGAUGCAAAGCAAAGAGUUUGACAAGUGCGCACAGAUCCAAGCCCAGCUUGACGUGGUGCAAUCCCGACUUGCCAAGGUGACGCUACACAGUCCACCCCCUGCUCCUGCGGUGACGGCCAUUGUCGCGCCGCCGGCGACUGGUGGUGGCAACGUGCGAGUCGGCCCUGGUGGGAUCAAUGUCACUACAAAUGAUGUCACUACAAUCAAAGCGAAGAGUAGUGUCCCGGCGAUCGCCGUCGCCGUCCAUCACCAUCACCAUCCUCCGUCCAAUACGGUCGUGGUCAGCGCGCCAGUCGCAGCGCUUCCAAGCCAGCCCCUCGUGGCGCCACCAGUCCCCCACCACCGCGUCCCCCAAGACAACAACAACCGCCGGCCACGGAGCAACUCGAUCGAAUCCGCCACGUCGGCGCACUCCCAGGCGUUCUCCGUGUCGUCUAAAGUGUCUCAAGCGUUCUCCGUGUCGUCCAAGAUGUCGAGGGCCAAGUCGUCCCACAAGGCGGCGGCCCAGCUCGCGUCCCAACCAUCCGUCAUCGAUGAGGCCGAUUCGUCGCGAACGGUGGCGCGCUUGCGACCGGCCAAAGUGAUCAACAUCGACGGACACGCGACGAUUGCGGAAGCCGCGGUGGUCAUGAAGAAGAACCGGACCGCCGCCAUCCUCAUCGUGAGUCCCACCGGCCGACUUGAAGGGAUCCUCUCCGACACGGACGUCACCCGACGAGUGAUCGGCAAGGGCUUGGACCCGACGUCGACCACUGUGGCGUCGGUGAUGACGCCCCAACCCAGCUGCGUCGGCUCGGAAGACAAAGCCACCGACGCACUGCGCAAGAUGCUGCAAGGCCGGUUCCGCCACCUCCCCGUGACAGACUCGGCGACCGGAUCUGUCGUCGGGCUGCUAAACGUGACCAAGUGCUUGCACGCGGCGAUCCGUCGGCUGGAGCAGGCGCACGAGUCGACCAAGUCCCUCCGCAAGGACUUGCAUGUCAGCGGCGCCGCCUUGGCCAUCCUCGGCCCCAUGCUGGAGAAGCUGUCGUCGCCAACACUGCACGACAUUGUGUCGAGCACGGCACUGCCGCCAGUCGUCUCCCCCGACGACUUGCUGGACAACGUGAUCUACCAAAUGGCGGAAUCCCGCAAGGCGGCGCUGGUCGUGGAUGCCGACGGCAUCCUCUUGGGUAUCUUUACCCCCAAAGAUGUGUUGGUGCGCGUGAUUGCCAUGGGCAUCCCCAUCAGCACAACCGCCGUGCACCGGGUCAUGACGGCGGACCCCGAGGCCGCGGUCGUGUCGACGUCCGUCAUCGAUGCGUUCCACAUCAUGCAAGACGGCAAGUUCCUCAACCUCCCCAUCGUCGACGACGACCGAAGAGUCGUGGGUCUGACCGACGUCUUGUCGUUGGCAUGUCACGCGUUCGCGUCUGCCGACGGUGACCAGUACGGCCAGUUCCUCCAAGCGUCGUUCCAAGCUGACUUUGACGACAAUGCGUCCGUGACCAGCACCACGUCCAACAUGUCCAAGGCGUCGAAAGCGUCGCGACGAAUCUCGCCGCCUGAUAUGGCCAAGAAGCAGCAGCAGCAGCAACCAAACGCGCUCAAGGCCCGACCCACGCCCGUGUCGAGCCUCCGUCCGGAUCCGGCGCAGACGAUCGCCGACACGGCCUCGGUCCGAGACUGCUGUCACGUCAUGCGGUCUAAGCAAGUCGACGCCGUGCUCGUCGUGCGCGGCGACGGGUCGUUGGCCGGGAUUCUCACCGACAACGACAUAUGUCGGCGCGUGGUGGCGGCCAACUUGCCGUCGCAAACAAUAGUGUCGCAGGUGAUGACGCCCAACAUCAAGUAUGUGAGUCCGGACGAGAGUGCCCUGGACGCGAUGGUGCUCAUGCACGAAGGCCACUUCCGCCACUUGCCCGUGGUGGAUCAAGGUACCGUCGUGGGCAUCCUCAGCAUCGGCAAGUGCCUCUUUGAUGCCAUUCAGCGCCUCGAGCAGGCCAACGCGGCCACGGAAGCGCUCCAACAGUCUCUUUUGCACCAAAACAACUCGCGCCAAUCCAAGCACACCGCUGGCCCCAUUAUGGCAGACAAGCUGCUGUCGACGUCCAUCACGCUAUCGACGAUUCUGACCAAUGACACGACCGUGGCGCCGCUCGUGACCCGCCAAACCACCGUGCAAGCGGCCGCCACAGCCAUGGCGCAGGCGAGAAAGGCUGCGAUCGUCAUGGAAGGCCAGCAUCUCAUUGGGUUGUUCUCCCCAAACGAGCUGGCGUUGCGGGUGAUUGCCCAAGGACUGGACCCUGUCACAACGCUCGUGGGAGACGUGAUGCUGUUGGAUCCAGAGUUUGGCGACCCCGACAUGCCCGUGUUGGAAGGCAUGCAGAUCAUGCACGAGUUCGGGUGCCUCAACUUGCCCGUGCUGUUGGCCAACGGCCAAGUCGCCGGGCUCGUCGACGUCCUGUCCAUGAGCUACGGGUCGUUCAGCAUCAUUUACGGAGACAGCCGUGAAAAGCUCGAAGAAUUCUGGAACGCGUCGUUCCAAGUGGACCAACCCUCCUCCGGUCACAAGGCAUCGUCGGUGGUGCCAAAGGCAGCCAAGGCGGCCGCCGUCGAGCGCACCGUGUCCAGCUUGCGACCGUCGAGGGCGAUCACAGUCCCCGAAACCAUCUCGAUCCGCGAACUGUCGCGCACGAUGGUGCGUGAAAAGACCGACUCGGUGCUCGUCAUUUCCGCGGCGGGGUCGCUCUCCGGCAUCGUCACCGGAUCCGACUUGACCAACCGAGUGGUGGCCAAGAACCUGUCGCCGGAUGCGACACUGGUGCAGGCCAUCAUGACGCCGCAUCCGCAGUUCGUCACCAACGAAGACUCGGCCAUCGACGCACUCUGUACGAUGCUCGCCGGCAAGUUCCGCCACCUGCCCGUGGUGGACGCCCACAGCAUGGUCGUGGGGGUGCUCCAUAUCGCCAAGUGUUUGUACGAUGCGAUCAGGAAAGUCGAGUCCACGACCAAGUCGACCGCCCGCGAGUUGGCACUCAACCCCCGGUUGAAGCGACUAGGCCCGAUGGUGUCCCGGCUCUUCUCGCCCGACGUCCAGAGCAUCCUGGACGGGGACACGGCGAGCUGUCCGCGGGUGCUGCCGUACACGUCCGUGUUUGCCGCCGCCAAGUUGAUGGGCGAGACCAAGAAAGCGGCACUGGUGGUGGACGAGCGCGGCCACCUCCUGGGGCUUCUCACCCCCGACCAAGUGCUCGCGAACGUCCUAGCCAAAGCCAAGCCCAUCCACACCACGGCGGUGAUCGACGUCAUGCUGGAGGGGCCCCCGUGCGUCGUGUUUGGCAACACAUCUGUCGUCGACGCCAUGCACGCGAUGCACGACUCCAAGAACCUGCACCUGCCCGUGGUUCGAUCCGCCCACGACUACCACGCGAUGGGGCUUAUCGACGUCUUGUCUCUGAGCUACGGGUCGUUUGCCAAGGGAACCCCGACCGACUGGAAGUCGUUUUGGGAGUCCUCGUUGGAAGUCGACGACGACAACGACGACGGCACGGCGUCCGUGGCCAGCGGCCAGAGUUUGCUGUCGAAAGCAAAGUCCAAGGGCGGCGGCAUGAGUUCGUCCAACCAGCGGUCAUCCGGCGACAACCGCCCCGUGUCCAAGCUGCUGCCGACCCCCGCCACGACCGUGCUCGCGACCAUCAGUGUCCGUGAAGCGGCGAUUGCAAUGAAGUCGGAAAAGGCAGAUUCGGCGCUCGUCGUGUCUCGAGAAGGCGGUCUGCUGGGCAUUCUCACCGAUACAGACGUCACCCGUCGCGUGGUCGCACUCGGCAACGACCCCGAGUCCAUCACGGUUGAAGAAGCCAUGACCGCCAACCCCAAGUUUGUCCAGGAGACGGACAGCGCCAUGGACGCCAUGUUUACUAUGCUCGAGGGGAAGUUCCGCCACUUGCCCGUGGUGGACGCCGACCACCGAGUCGUGGGCAUGCUCAAGAUUCAAAAGUGCCUCUAUGACGCCAUCCGUCGCCUCGAUACGUCGGGUGUGCACAACAAGCAGGGGGGGCUCAUGUCGCCGUCGCUGCAGUCGAUCAUCGACAUGGACGACGUAGCCAAGGGCCCCCCCUUGGUCAGCCCCGCCGACUCGGUCCUGCACGUGGCAAGACAAAUGGCGUACACCCGCAAGGCGGCGUUGGUCGUGACGGGGGCGACCAAGCAGCUAGUUGGCAUCCUCACGCCCAAAGACGUACUUCUCCGCGUGGUCGGAGGGGGCCUCGACAUCGCCAAGACCACCGUCGCCGACGUCAUGACCAAGAACCCCGAGUCGGUCGAUCCGUCCAUGACGGUGCUGGAUGCGCUGCAUGUGAUGCACGAAAACAACUUUCUCAACCUGCCCGUGGUCCAAGGCUCCAGGAUCGUCGGGCUCGUGGACGUGCUGUCGUUGAGCUACGGGUCGUUUGCCAAGGGCACCGACGAAGAGUGGCGCACGUUUUGGGACAUGACGCUGUCUGCAGAAGAUGCGCCGGCGCCGGUGGUCGCGGGUCCCGUCGCGCAGCCGGCAGCGGUGACGCAGCGCCAACUGACGGUCGAAGCCCUUCGCCCGACCAAAGUGAUCUUGCUGCCCGACCACAUCACGGUCGCGGACGCCGCCACACGGCUGCGGCGGGCGCGGGUCGAAGCUUGCAUCGUCGUGGAUGCCAACGGGUCCCUCGUGGGGAUUCUCACGCCCACGGACGUGACGCGGCGGGUGCUGGCCCAAGACAUCAACCCCGUCGACUGUCUCGUGUCUUCCGUGAUGACCAAGUCGCCGACGUGUGUGCGCUCGACGGACCUUGCGACGGACGCAUUGAACUUGAUGUUGCAAGGGCAGUUCAAGCACUUGCCGGUGCUCGACGCCAGUGGCGGCCGCGUGAUGGGACUGCUGGACAUUUCAAAGUGUUUGCAGGACGCCAUUGCCGUGCUGGAGCGUAGCCAGGCCAAGGCCGACGCGUUUGCGAGCGAGUUGAAGCGGGGGCUGGGGCACCAAGACUCUGCCGCCAAGUGGAUCGAAGCCAUGCGCCGGCCGACGGUGGCCAUGGCCGUGGAGAAGAGCAUGCCGCCGCCCAUCGUCGGCAUCGAGACGCCCGUGCGCGAAGCCGCCAAGAUGAUGGGGUCGUCCCGCACCGCCGCCAUCGUCAUGGACGGCCACGUCGUGAUCGGGAUGGUCACCCCCAAGGACUUGCUCAAGAAGUUGAUUGCGCGGUCGCUGUCGGCGGAAACCACGCGGGUGGGGGACGUGAUGACGUCGCACCCGAUCACGAUGCCGCCGACCGCGAGCAUCCUCGAGGGCCUGCAAGUGAUGAAGGAGACCCGCGAACUGUUUGUACCGAUCGUAGACCCCGUGUCCAAGCGAGUGGUGGGGAUGGCGGACGUGCUGUGCCUGACAUUUGGCCAGUUUGGCGGCACGUCCACCGACGCGAGCGAGUGGAAGACCUUCUGGCAGUCGGCCAUGGCCAUGCAGGAAGAGCUCGGGGACGACGUCGACGUGGACGACACCUGCUCCGUGGGGACGAUCGAGGACUUUGAACGCACCGAGGGGCGCCUUCACCAUCAUCACAAUGACAUAUCUGUCAACGCCAUCAGCAUGUACUCGGAGCUGGGCGACUCCGUGUCUGUGAUCAGCCACAGCACGUCGGCCGUGUCGGUCGCCGGCACAUUUUUGUUCAAAGUUAAAGACAGCCAGGGGCAUGUGCACCGCAUCCGCUGCCGCACCGAGAGCCUCAAGGUGCUGCAAGACGAAGUCCGCGCCAAGAUGAACUUGGCCGGGGAUGCCAACAUUUUGCUCAAGUACGAGGACGACGAGGGCGAUCUCGCGGUCGUGUCGUCGGACUCGAGUCUCAUGGAAGCCGUGCACAUGGCGUCCGAGUCCAAGUGGAAGAGCUUGACGCUCGUCGUGGAUGUCGGCGACGAAAGCGGGGACGACCGCCGCCGCCGACUCUCCAAGAUCGACGAAGCGGCUUCUUCCGAACGAUCCCCGGGGAAAAAGCCGUCGCCCGCCAAGCGCCUCGGCGGGUUGAUCGACCCUGCUGCUGCCGCCGCCCCAGACAACACGAUUGUGCUUGCUGGGGUCGGUGCCCUCGUCGUCCUCGUCGGCGUGAUCACGAUGGUUGCCUUGAAAAAGUGAUAGUUUCCAUUAUAUUCCCAACACAUUCUUUGUUGAAAUACUCUA